GCUGGCCGCGGUGGAGGCGGCAGCGGCGGGGGGCAUCGCUCGGCGCAUUGGGGUCGAGUUGGAGCGAGCGUCGGAGGGCGCGGACGUUGCGACGGCGCCGGUGGCGCAGUGGAUCCCCUUGCAACCUGACGCUGCGUUGCCUGUGCCAGGCGGCUUCGUCACCUCCACCGGCCAGCUGAUUCCAGGCGCGCUGGCGCCUCCAGGCACGGCGGCGCCAGUGGCGCCUCAGUUGCAUUUGGCAGCAGCGACAGCACCGAUGAGGAUGUCGAGGCAGGUGCCAGUGGUAAUGGCAGUGCAGGGACCCGCGCCGCCGCGCGCCGCACUGCCCACCCAGCAGCAGCCACAGAUGCCGCAGCCCAGGCCCCAGGUGCAGCAGACCGCUCAGCCGCAGACCCCAGUGCCG